AGUCCGCGAGCGUAUACCGUGGCCGCCGCGCCGUUUCCAUCCGUUCACCGCGCGCCAGAACAGCAGUGCGCCUCGUCGUGCCAUCGCGUACGGUGUCCAGUGUGUGCGUGUGCGUCUGCGUCUGCCUGCUAGUGUGUGUGUCGUGUUUCUGUGUGCGAGUGCGCGGACGCGUGUGUACUCACAUUCGUGUGACGAGAAUAAAAUUUAAUAUUUUACGUCUAUAACCUACGCCCGGGAUCGUAAUAUCAUAACAUAUUUGUUGUCGCCGGUCGCGGGUUUUCUUCUCCGGCCGUCCGAUCGUAGGUAUACAUAUAUACUUAUAUUUCACUCGUAAGUUGUAUAAUGUAACCCACCUACACGUUAAGACGGGACACGCGUCAGCUCUCGAUUUUAGUUGCCGACGUUAUAUUUUCUACUUGUUCAUUAGUUGUACGUUUAUAUAACAUAACUUCAGCUACUUCGGUACCUGAGCGGUAAAUAUUAUAAUAUAUAGGUAGGUGCCACACUCGGGGAUCGCGCGUUCCGCCCGCGAAAAGUGCGCCAAUAUAGUUUUCCUUAUUAUUUAUAUGGACUGCACCACUGUAUAGGUACGCGAUUUAAUAUAUACAUACCUGUAUGAUAUACAAAACAGUUUACCUGUAGCAGUGUCGUCCGUCGCUUCGAGUUCAAACACCUAAAUACAUAUAACGGACUCUUGGACGCGAUAUUUGUGUCAGACAAUAACGGAUUGGCACUAGGGUCACACGCGGGGCCCAACGAGUCGAAAGUCACCACACCCAUCGUACCACCGACACACGGAUGCGAUGUGAUGUGAUGUGAUCGGCGGCCGAGUGACAACGGGCGCGCGGCGCUGACAUCGCAGGUUGCUCGAGGCGCCCCCAAAACGGAGUACGUCACGGGGACGGGGCCAUGCGGCGCCCCCCCAGCCACAUACCAUCAGCCACUGAUCGAACACCAUCAGAACCACGUGCAACACCAUCAGCUGGUGGCCGCGUCCAACGGACAGUUGCGCGGUCAGUCCAGCGCCGCCGCGAUGGCCGUGGCCGCGGUCACAGCACCGCCAGUCCAGUCUGUCAACCCGCUGAGCACCGUCUACGCGACCAAGCGGCGACGGCGCAACGGCAAGAGUGUGAAGACGACGCCCAAAGACGGGGGCGUGGGAAAGAGUAACCCAAGCAAACGGCACCGCGAACGGUUGAACGCCGAGUUGGACACGCUGGCUAACCUGUUGCCGUUCGAACACAAUAUCCUAUCUAAGUUGGACCGGCUGUCCAUACUCCGGUUGUCUGUCAGCUACCUGCGUACCAAGAGCUAUUUCCAAGUUACUAUGCACAAGUCCAAAGAAGAACAAGCCAAUGUUACCAGCUCCCAGUACCAGCGUUCCAGGACGUGCCCGGAGCCACAUCAUUUGUACUUGGACGGAGAUAUGUUCCUACAAGCAUUAAACGGAUUUUUGGUGAUGCUCACUUGUGACGGGGAAGUUUUCUUUGCUACACAUACCAUAGAAAAUUACCUUGGCUUCCACCAGUCCGACAUCGUUCACCAGUCAGUCUACGAACUAGUGCAUUCUGAGGACCGAGAAGAGUUGCAGAGACAGCUCAUGUGGAAUUCGGCCAUACCCACGGAACCGGGGUCGCCGUCUCCGUCCAUCACAUUGCACGAGGCCUUGCACCCGGAUAACGGCCGUCUGUUGCAGCGUAGUUUCACCAUCCGUUUCCGGUGUCUGUUGGACAACACUUCCGGUUUUUUGAGACUGGACGUCCGCGGACGGAUCAAAGUAAUUCAUGGCCAAAACCGCAAGUCAGACGAACCACCACCAUUGGGCCUUUUCGCGCUAUGCACGCCCUUCGGCCCGCCGUCUUUACUUGAAAUACCGCACAAGGAAGUCAUGUUUAAGAGUAAACAUAAGCUAGAUCUCAGCCUAGUGUCUAUGGACCAAAGAGGCAAGUUAUUAUUAGGUUACUGCGAUUCCGAACUCGCUAAUAUGGGAGGAUACGACUUAGUCCAUUAUGAUGAUUUAGCGUACGUGGCGAGCGCCCAUCAAGAACUGUUGAAGACUGGAGCAUCAGGAAUGAUUGCCUAUAGGGUGCAGACCAAACCGGGCACGUGGCAAUGGCUACAGACUAGUUCCAGACUGGUUUAUAAAAACUCGAAACCUGACUUUGUGAUUGGCACGCACAGACCUUUAAUGGAAGAAGAAGGCCGCGAUCUGUUGGGCAAGCGGACCAUGGACUUCAAGGUCAGUUACUUGGACGCGGGACUGACGAAUAGCUACUUCAGCGACUCGGAACAACUGUCCGGCACGUUGACGACGUCCACCACCGCGGCGUCCACCGCCGGUGCCGGCACAACCGGGUCGGCCGGUCAAACGCAACCGUCGCAGCCUAGACGCCGGUACAAAACGCACCUACGCGACUUUCUGUCAACGUGCCGGACGAAGCGGAAACUGUCAGCGAGCACCGCGACACCGGCACCGACGGUGGCCGCCACCGUGGCCGUCGAUUAUCCGACGGCUGUCCAGGCGCCUUCGGUGCCCACCGCCCCGCCGCCGACCGCGGACGUCCUUUACACAAACCUAAACACGGCGGCGCUGUACUCGGCCGGACCGUACAACGGGGCAGUAGUCGCUGAUAACGGUGGAUACCACCAGACGAAUUUCCAUCAGACCCUCUACGAUACUCGAAUACCGUACCUGACGGCCACUGACAACCUGUUCCAGUAUAGGCCUUUGGGCAACUAUUACACUGAAUACCACACACCGGCCACUACACCAUACAUGGGCAAUGGGUUUUUGGACAUAAGUCCCAGGGGACCAGUGCAGUGUGGUCUGCCCACAUACGAUCAACUGACCACAGUAACGACGGCGACUGUCGGUGGCAGAGAAUGCGGCGACAAGCUGUACGGAUCGCCACCAGUAGUGUCGAUGGAUCAUCACCAACAACAGCAGCAGCACCUACACCACCAUCACCACCACCACCAACAGCAACAGCAGCAACAGCAACAACAGAGCGGCGAAGACAACAUAGGAAAAUGUCAUAUGGACACCUCCACGGCCGCCGCCGCCGGUCUACCGUACCUGGUGCCAUUGUGCGACGUUCAGUUCCGCACGAAGAGCUCCUCGCCACCGGUGCCGAAUGGUCUGAAAAUCGAAGACUCGAAAUCCGAAUACGGAAUGCAAUCGUCUGAUUCGGACGUCCCCAGGCAAACGGUACUCAUGUGGGGCACGUGUGUUGGGGACUCUUCGUCGUCGUCGCCGCCCAAUCAAUCGCCGGGCGGCGGCGGCAACGGUAUUAAUAAUAGUAACGGAGGCGGCGGCGGCGGCGUUGGCGGCGGUGUUAACGGCAAUGGCAGUGGAACGGGAGGAGGUGGUGCUGGUUGUGCUAACGGUGGUGCUGGUGGUGGUGCCAGCGUUACUGGAAAUGUAGGUAAUGGUAGUGCCGGUGGCGACGGUGGUGGUGAUCCGAGGACGUCACCGCAGAUCAACGGCCAUCCACCGUCGCCGUACGUACAGCGGAAGAAAAUGUCACCACCCGCGCCGCAACAGCCACCAACCGGAAGUCCGUCCGACCAACUUUGCAAGUCGCAUCUACAAACGGACAUGCCAGAUACACCGCCUAGCCCGACGGCGGCGGCCGCAGCAGCGGCAGCCGCGUAUGCUAACCACCAUCACUACCAUCACCAAAACCAGUAUCAUCACCACCAUCAUCAUCAUCAGCAGCAUCAUCUGACCGGGGGCCCUGAGGUAUGGACACCCCCGCACGCGCACCCACCACCACCACCUCCACCGCACCACUUCUAUGCUUAUCACCACCACCACAGCAACAGCAGCAACAACAACAACAACAACAACAACAACAACAACAACAACACCACCAUCACCACCACCUCCACCACCAACAGCAGCAACAACAACAACAGCAGCAGCAACAGCAGCAGCACCAGCAACAGCAGCAGCAGCAGCAGCAGCAUGGUCGAUGCUUAUCAUCACGAUCCGUACCACCACAACAACUACUAUCAUCUGUACAAUCACACUGCUCACCACCAAACCGCUGUAAUGCCGGCGCCGGCGCAGUACCCGAGUCCGUCUCAGUCCCGGCUAAAUCACAGGACUGCAGUCCUCUGUUGUCCAUCUCGGAGGUGACCAACACGCUGUUAAACCAGUGAUUACCUGCAUUAACCGAAAUGCGCGACCGGCCGGCUCGUUCAAUAACAUAAUAUAAAUACAUUAUAUGCUGUUUGUCAUACGUCAUGUAGGUAUAGCCGUAUAGGUAACUAAAUUGUCUAUAUUUAAAAGUUCUCAAGGCGUAUUCAUGAAAUACAUAGCUUAUCGACUAUUAUACUCCACUUGGCUCGUAUUUAGACGAAAAGUUUUUCGUUUUUUUUUGUAAGGAGAGUUUUUUAUUGCUCGACGAGUGAUAUUAUCACCGGGGGGCAACGAUAAGUACUUAUCAUAUUAUUUACGGCGAUUAAAACGGGUUUCCUACACUCUACAUGACGUAGGUACACCUCUAUUAUAAUAUCGAUAUCGUCGUUGGUCGAUUUUAUUUUUACUAAUAUAAAAUAUUAUAUUAUUAUGUACCUACUAAAUGAUAUCAUUAUGAAAAUAAUUUCUAACUUUAUAUUUCUCUCCAGACUUUUGCUCGUCUAUUUUAAUAAUAUGUAAUUCAUUGCACAAAAACUGAUUUUUAUCAAAACAUGUUUUCGUAAACCACUCCCUUAUAUUAUAUUUAAAACUUUUAUGUUUGUCAUCGUAAAUUCGAUUUAUUUUAGUUUUAUGGUUUGUUUCUGUGAUACGAAUAGGCUACAAUAAUAAUAUUAUAAUUUUUGUGAAAAUCUAUUCGAGCUGUGUUUUGUAGACGUAACCUAGUUUGUAUUUUUACAGUAAUAAUUAUUUUCGAUUGCUU